UUCCAUUUAGCGAAAGCUAUUCCUCACCUUGAUUUCAAUACCAAUUUUGAUUUCAUUAUUGACAUUUUCAGUACAUUAUUCUAUUUAUAUUUUGUCAAAUUUGUAACAAGAGUUUUUUUACAAUCACUGGAACAAGAACGUAGUGAGGUGAAGAGAAAACAGCGAAGCGUAGAGAUCAAAAAGGUGGUGCAGCGACGCAACAGUAAAUCGCAGCAAAUAAUAGUGGUGGAUGUAGUGUUUUCUAAUCGACAUACCGUUCUUCGAUAUUAUUGUUUUUAGUUUUGUUGUCAUCACUUCAAUUAGUAAAAAUGCUUGAUCCCGGUGAUGCUAUUGACAUGAAAUCAUGUCGAAUAUGUUUGUCUAAUAAAAAACCUUUAUGUCCCCUAUUCAAGUAUAAAUUGUCCGGGAAUUACGCUGAAAUGCUUACUGCAGUUGCUGAUGUAAAAGUGGCUGCAUGUGAUGGCUUGCCGGACAGAAUAUGCCAGAAGUGUUGCAAUGCAUUGGAGAAAGCUUAUCUGCUCAAAACUGUUGCAGAAAGAACUGAUAAGAAGCUAAGAAAGAUGUUGGCAAGAGCACACGAACAAGUUCCAACAAAGAAAAUUGCAUUUGAUUCUUUUACUGACAUAAAAAGUGAAAUUGGACCUUUGAAUAUAAAAUGUGAGCCAAAAUGGGAAAUGGAAAUUGACGUCUUGGCUGACACAAAACCUAUUGAGACUAUCGAAGGAAAGGAUAUAGUUAUCGCUAACACUGUAAUCCGAAAGGUUGAUGUCAACGAAGAACCUAGAAGUGCCCCGGUCAGCACUGAAGUUGAUCUUACUUGGAAAUCUACAAAAAUAAGCUCGGAGAGUGAUAAUGAUGUUGAAUAUCUGGAUGAUGAUAUUUUCCAAGAUGACGAUGAUGAUGACUAUGUGCCACCAACAGGAAAACAGAAAACUAAAUUCAAGAAGCCAAAACUAUCUGAAAUAAAAGUGUUCAAGGGCAAGAAAACUGUUGUGAGAAAAGUAAAGGUUCUUAAGAAGAUCAAAGAAGAGAUUGAUGAACCAGGCAGAAGUGAAGAUGGUAAAACAAAAACCACAAUGAUCACUUGCUAUCCUAUAAUGAAGAAUGGUACUAGAGGUCCACCGAUUCUUCUAAAGAGACCAAAAGAUGCUACCGUUCUUAAAGUACAUCCUAACUACAAAGUUAGAGCAACACCUGCAUCUUCGGAUCAGAAUAAGGUUGUGCGUCGCACUGACAAGACAGUCCGGAUGGUGAGGACUGCCAAGCCCAUUGUGAGACAAAGAGAAAAGCUUGUGUGUCCUGUGUGUGGUAUUCUUACCUUCACACUGGGAAAUCAUAUUGCAACACAUCAAGAGAAAAAGAAGUUUUCAUGUUCUCAAUGUUCGAAAACCUUCUCGCAAAAGAGCAAUUUGCUGGCUCAUGCAAAACAGCAUUCUGGGGUGAAAGAUCACAUUUGCGAGAUUUGUGGAGCUGGAUUUUACAGUCAGAAGUCUUUAGUCAGACACAAUCUAAUACAUAAGGGAGAAAGACCAUUCCCUUGCCACCUAUGUCAUAAGAGAUUUAUUGCCGCGCCGGCCCUACGACGCCAUAUGAGAAUACACACGGGCGACAAAAAGUUCGUCUGCUCGUUCUGCAAUAAAGGCUUUACGCAAAGUCACCAUCUGCAAAACCACGAACUCGUUCACACGGGUCGAAAGCCAUACUCUUGCGAGGUGUGCAACGUGGCGUUCAGCUACAAGGUGAACCUCAACAACCACGUGUACAAGGUGCACGGCAUCAACCUGAAGUUCAAGUCCAUCCACACGGUCACGGAGGACGUGCUGCGCCGCGAGAUGGGAAUGGGCAGCGAGACGCGCGCCGCCAUCGCGCACAUCAUGCCGCAGCUCGACUCGCAGCCCGCCGCCGAGUACAGCGGCUAAAAGUCUUGCUUAUCGGUAGUCAAGAACAUCAUAGUAUCGAUAGUAUCGCCAUGUGCAAUAGUAUUGAUACUAUCGAUAGUUUUACGCCUGAUACUAUCGAUAGUACUGCAAAAACUGACAGAAGUAACUAUAGAUACUAUCUAUUGAGGAGGUUAAAAUCAAAAAGAGACAUUUAUGAUGGCAUCGACUUGAAUUUCCAGUCACAAGGUGACAGUGGAGGUGCUUUGCCGCAACAUGGGUUGGGCAGCGAGACUCGCGUAGGUACAUCAUGCCGCAGCUCGACUUGCAGCCUGCCGCUGAGUACAGCGGCUAACACGGAACCACUGACGAAGUGGUGUUGCUUAUCGGUAGUCCACUACCGAUCGAUAGUCAACAAAAAAAUAUGGUAUCGAUAGUAUCGUCAUGUGCAAAGUAUUGAUACUAUUGACAGGAUUAUUUGAGCAAUACUAUUGAUUCUGAUUUCUAAGAUCAUUAAACAAGCAGUCGAAUUUAAGGUUAUUUCCGACAGUUUUUUUUUUAUUUUUUUAUUUGGCUUUAACAAAACUGGGUACAAUCAAAUAUCAUGCAAAAGUAAGUAAUGAGUGAAAAAACAAUUCAUACUGAUUUACCCUACUCGAUGUAAGCACAGCAUGCAUAUAAAAAUAAUUAAUUAAACCACCUUAAACUAAGAAUAUUACACAGAUAAACCAGAUCUUACAUUUACACAGAACUAAACAAAAUUUGGACUAAUUUUAGACUAUUUUAAAUCAAGAAUAGCCGUAUUGAUACGGCGCUUGGCGGAGACGAGAGAACCAAAAAAGAUGUCAAAGACAAAACGCAUAGAAUUGUAGCAAGUACACAUGCGAUGUAACGGGGAGUGCUGACCGAGUCGAGUCCUGCACGGAGGGAUAGAAAACGUCUUUCGAUUUUGCACGCGGCUGCUACUACGAGGUACGGCAAAUUUUAAACGUUCCAGUAUAUCCGGGGCAUCGAUAAGACCAUUAACGUUUUUGCAAUAAUGUCGAUAGUAUAACUAUAGAUUGUAUCGAUAUAUUGCGAUACUAUCUGUAUCCUGAAUAUUUUUCGAGGUCGACUGUCGAUUGUGAAAUAUUUAUCGAUGGUCCUGCAACGCUAGGACGAAUCUUAAAACUCGAAGAAUUCAAGCAUAGAUUGAGGCUUGUGAUUUGUUUAAUUUAAUAUCUAGACCAAUCAAGAUAGAAUUUAUGAUUGAGAUUUAAUCGAGUUUUCAGCGUUAUUUAAUUCGGAUAUUAAAACCAGUACAGACGUGCGUUCGAACUAGGUAUAUUCAGAGGAGUGCAAUUACGGUGAUGUCGGCAUGAAACUACAUAGCCUCAUGUUGUCCCAAACAAGGCAAAAUUGGACUUUUUUCUAUUUUACAUUAAGCAAAGCUUACGUAUGAAUGUUUAUUUAUAUUAUGAACUUAUUGUUUUUAUCAAACAUUUGUGGGGGUUUCGGCGCAGCAGUAACCGAAUUUUUAAUCUUGGCAUCGAAUCGGUCAACUACAUCUGACAGUCCUAAUAGUUAGUCUGUAAUGGACUUUUGCUUCACAUGCAAGAGCUGACGGCAUUCGCAAUCAUGAUGGCGUUGGUUUGGCACGGUCAUGACGUUUUUGUAACAAGUGUAAAUUGACAGUAAUAUGUAAAUCGUAUAGAUUUCCUCAAAUUCCUCUACGAUCGUAUCUACUUUAUUCGUAUUCAGUGAUAGGGGUGGCGCGGCAGGCGUACAUGACGUCACAAAUCAUAGAUGAGCUGUCAAAACGCUUUCUGCUACGUACCCCGAUUGCGGUAAUCAUUUUCAACUGCAACGCGACUGGAACACGAACGAAAUUCAGCUGUUUGCACAAAUCCGUACCGCGGUAUCGUUUUGACAGCUAGUUCAAACGAAGCCGUCACGUAAACGGAGUGCAACUGCACCUUUGUGUAAAAAUAUGACACAAAGCAACUUUCUCAAACGCUUCACAAAAAUUUGAAAGAAAGAAAGAAAAAUGGUUUAUUUGGUUAAUUUGCUGUCUUUUUGCAAUAUUAGUUUAAAAAUAAAGUGUUCGGACGUUUAUUGAAAAGUGUAUAUAAAUCCGUUCGUCCGUGAUCCGUGUAGCGUGUGAACUUUACCGCGAUACUGAAUUGCACAUCAGCUGGAAUGAUAUUGGAGCGUGAUUGGAGAUGAAACGCGAAUUAAUUGGA